CAAACCGAGAACAAACCCUCGACCUCGAAAGAUCGCGCGGCCCAGCAGCAGCCGCCCUCUCCAGCUCUCCUUUCCUCCCCCUUCCUUUCCCCUCGCCGCCGCCUCGCCCACUCGUCUCUCUCUAGAUCGCCAUGGCAUUGCACGCCCCCGUACUCGUGCUCAAGGACUCAUUGAAGAGGGAAUCCGGCGCCAAGGUUCACCAUGCCAACAUUCAGGCCGCAAAGGCCGUGGCAGAUAUCAUUCGCACUACUUUGGGUCCUAGGUCAAUGUUGAAGAUGCUUCUGGAUGCUAGUGGAGGUAUUGUGGUCACUAAUGAUGGCAAUGCUAUAUUGCGGGAAAUAGACAUUGCUCAUCCUGCUGCCAAGUCUAUGAUUGAGCUAAGCCGCACACAAGAUGAAGAAGUGGGUGAUGGCACAACAUCUGUCAUUGUUCUAGCUGGUGAGAUGCUCCAUGUUGCAGAAGCGUUUAUUGAAAAGAACUACCACCCAACUGUUAUUUGCCGAGCCUACACCAAAGCUCUCGAGGAUGCUUUAGCUGUCCUUGACAAAAUUGCGAUGCCUGUUGAUGUGAAUGACCGCGGGGCAAUGCUAGGGCUGGUGAAGAGUUCCAUUGGUACAAAAUUCACUGGUCAGUUCGGUGACCUUAUUGCUGACCUUGCUAUAGAUGCUACUACAACAGCAGGUGUUGACCUAGGUCAAGGCAUGCGUGAAGUCGAUAUCAAGAAAUACAUCAAAGUAGAGAAGAUUCCUGGUGGCCAGUUGGAGGAUUCAAGGGUUCUUAAAGGAGUCAUGUUCAAUAAAGAUGUUGUGGCUCCUGGAAAAAUGAAAAGGAAGAUAGUUAAUCCGCGUAUCAUUCUUCUGGAUUGCCCUGUUGAGUACAAGAAAGGAGAAAAUCAGACAAAUGCUGAGUUGAUGAAGGAAGAAGAUUGGCAGGUUCUGCUAGAGCUGGAGGAAGAAUACAUAAAGAACCUCUGUGCGCAAAUUUUAAAAUUCAAGCCUGAUUUGGUUGUCACAGAGAAAGGUCUCAGUGAUCUUGCUAUCCAUUAUUUAAGCAAGGCCGGUGUUAGUGCGAUCCGUCGACUUAGGAAGACUGACAACAACAGGAUUGCUAAGGCUUGUGGUGCAGUUAUAGUGAACAGACCAGAGGAGCUUCAAGAAUCAGAUGUGGGAACACGGGCUGGCCUCUUUGAGGUCAAGAAGAUUGGUGAUGAAUUCUUUUCCUUCAUUGUCGACUGCAAAGAUCCUAAGGCAUGCACUGUUUUGUUGAGGGGAGCAAGCAAGGACGUCUUGAACGAGGUGGAGAGGAACCUUCAGGAUGCCAUGUCUGUUGCAAGGAACAUUUUGAAAAACCCAAAACUUCUACCUGGAGGUGGUGGUACUGAAUUGACUGUAUCAGCAACACUGAAGCAAAAGAGUUCUUCAGUUGAAGGCGUGGAAAAGUGGCCGUACGAAGCUGCUGCGUUAGCAUUUGAAGCAAUCCCAAGAACUUUGCUUCAAAAUUGUGGUUUGAAUGUUAUUAGGACAAUGACACAACUCCAGGGAAAGCAUGCGAAUGGUGAAAACGCCUGGGUUGGCAUUGAUGGAAGGAGUGGUGAUAUUGUGGACAUGAAAGAGCGGAAGAUCUGGGAUUCUUACAGUGUGAAGGCACAGACGUUCAAGACAGCUAUUGAGGCAGCUUGCAUGCUUCUACGGAUUGACGACAUUGUCAGUGGUAUCAAGAAGAAGCAGGCUCCUGGAGCCGGUGCUCCUAAGCAACCUCAGAUCGAACAGGAGGGUGAUGCAGACACUGAACAAAUGAUCCCAGAGUAGAACUACUAUGCUGUUGGAGCGAGCCUGCACGGUGUACGAAAGCCAGAGUAGUGCCAAUGGAGCAGAAUGUUUUAGUAACAUGUGAAUUGAUGUCGCCUGGUUGCAUCUCUUGAAUGUUUGUUCGUGGCCAGGCCAGCUGGAUUGCCUAGUAUUAGCAUGGGUUUGUAGCUUUUCUAUAUGUUCGGAUGUGGGGCAUGAGUCUGUGUAUUGUAUCAGCAUUUUGGGAUCCGAGGUUUUGCAGGAUUGGCUGCUGUUAGUUUUGUUUUCGAACAUCAGAAUUUCGAUUAAGCUGAACUUUAUGAGUUACGACUA